AAUCAGCAGCGGCAACGGUGCAAAUGGAGGUGCCGUGUCCGUCACCUCGGGGACAUCCAGCACUGGCGCUUCUGGAGCAAUGUCCAUUGGUUCUGGUUCUUCAACUGGAGGGUCAUCUGGAGCUAUCUCUAUUUCGACUGGCCCUGCCACAGGUGGCACUGGUGGAACAAUCAGUGCAACGGUUGGCAAUGGAGUUGUGGGCAACGGCGGAGCCAUCACGUUGACUGCUGGUGCAAGCUCUGUUGCAACUGGUGGCAAGUCCUCUCUUCUCGGUGGAGCUGGUACCGUUGGCGGGAGCGUCGAUGUGACGGGGGGCGCCGGGACCACCUCCCUCGGCGGCAACAUCAACCUCUUGUCCGGCGCGGGAGCUGCCUCGUCCGUGAGCGGAGCCGUGUCGGUGAGCACUGCAGGCGGCAGCACGAGUGGCCUGAUCCAACUCCGGACUGGUGCUGCCACGGGUGGCCCCGGUGGCGCGAUCAACUUGUCCGUGGGUGCAGGCACGACAGGCACGGGGGGUGCUGUGGCCGUCAACAGCGGGGCCGGCGUCGUCGGGGGUCCGGUUUCGCUGACUAGUGGUGCCUCCACGGCGGGGGCAUCAGGGACCGUCACGAUUGGGUCCAGCGCAGCUACGGGCGGCAACUCUGGGGCUGUGUCGAUCAACUCGGGGUCGUCGACGUCGAGCGGAACAGGAGGAGGUAUUUCCGCAACUGUUGGAAGCGGUGUGUCUGGUGCUGGCGGAGCGAUAUUGCUUACUGCUGGAGCUAGCAGCGCUGCUGCAGGUGGUAAGACUUCUGUGACUGGUGGUGCUGGCACAAUUGGUGGAAACGUCGAGCUAACUGGGGGGCCUGGUACUGCUGGUGUUGGCGGCAAUGUUGUCCUUUUGAGUGGUGUUGGAACCGGUCCAGAUGUGAGCGGCAAUAUUGUGUUGAGUUCUGCUACCGACGCCACAAGUGGAAUGAUUUUGCUCAAUUCUGGCCCUGCAUCCAACGGUGCCGGCGGUAGCAUUCAUGCAUCAGUUGGCGCUGGGACAUUGGGAACGGGUGGCGACAUUAGUCUGUCCAGUGGUAAUGCCGUCAACGGUGGUGCUGUGACUGUCAUCAGUGGCAGCUCGUCUGCUGGCACUUCUGGCGCUGUGUCUAUCAAGUCGAGCCUUUCAGCUGGCGGCAACUCCGGCAUUGUGUCCUUGAAUACUGGUGUUGCGACCGGUGGUCAAGGUGGGGCGAUCAGUUUGUCCGUUGGCGACGGAGACACUACCACAGGCGGCGCAAUCACACUGACUGCUGGCCUUAGCUCAGCAGCAACCGGCGGAAAAGUGACUCUUGCCGGUGGUGUUGGCAAAGUUGGAGGAACCGUCGAAAUCAGUGGAGGUGGUGCGUCGACAAACACCGGUGGCAGUGUGAUUGUCGAAAGUGGAGUUGGGAUUGCCACAACUCCCAGCGGUGACAUCAAGUUGUCCACAACCGCUGGAGUUACAUCUGGUGCCAUUUCUCUCACGUCUGGCACUGGGUCAACUGGGCCAGGUGGCGCCAUACAAAUCGCUGUUGGUGCGUCGACGUCUGCGACUGGGGGUACCUUGCUAGUUUCUAGCGGGAACGGCGCAGUUGGCGGUGCUUUGACCUUGCGAAGUGGCGGCUCAUCUGCUGGAGUGUCUGGCGGUGUUUCUAUCAGCUCCAGUGCGUCCACAGGUGGCAACUCGGGCGCCAUCAGUCUCUUUUCGGGGGCUGCUACUGGCGGUAUUGGAGGCAGCAUUGCCGCAACCGUUGGCAAUGCUGCAACUGGCGUUGGAGGUGCAAUUGCUUUGACAGCUGGAGCAAGUGCUGAUCAAGUCGGAGGCAAAAGUUCGAUUGCGGGAGGUGCAGGGACCACGGUCGGCGGCAUCGUUGAGCUGACUGGAGGCGCUGGACAAACCAUUGGGGGGAACGUUCUGGUAACUGGCGGCAGUGGCGCAACUGGAGCUGGUGGAAACGUCGUAGUCACCAGUGGAACGAGCUCGACCUUGGGAGCCACGGGCGCUGUGUCAUUGACGAGUGCAAAUGGGAUUUCCAGUGGAACCAUCCAGCUCAACUCAGGAACUUCAAGCAAUGGUCCUAGCGGAGCCAUUCGGUUGUCUGUCGGCACUGGAUCCACUGGCACGGGUGGUAUGAUAUCACUCUCCAGCGGAACUGCAGCUGCCGGUGGACUAAUUUCCCUCACAAGCGGGGCAUCUACCAACGGAGUAUCUGGUGCUAUGGCUCUUUCAACAACCACUGCUGUGGGUGGUUCAUCUGGUGCCAUUCAGCUUACCACCGGUUCAUCAACCUCGUCUGGAGCAGGUGGCGACAUCAGUGCAACGGUUGGCAAUGGAGUUGUGGGCAACGGCGGAGCCAUCACGUUGACUGCUGGUGCAAGCUCUGUUGCAACUGGUGGCAAGUCCUCUCUUCUCGGUGGAGCUGCGCAGCUGCGGCAGGACUCAGCGGAACGAUUGUAUUGGCCACUGGAGCUGCCAACGCUGGCGCUGGAGGAAGCAUUCGAGCGUCGGUUGGUGUUGGGGCCAGCGGAACCGGUGGUGAUAUCACUCUGUCAAGUGGAAACUCAGUUGUCGGCGGUGCGCUGGAUUUCACGAGUGGAAGCUCAAGCGCAGGAGCGUCCGGCGCUGUGUCAUUGAAAUCAAGUGUAUCCACGGGGGGAGACUCGGGCUCGGUCGGUCUGAGGACUGGCGUGUCCACUGGUGGCAAAGGUGGUGCGAUAACAAUGUCUGUCGGGGCUGGAAACACUGGCACUGGCGGCGAAGUGUCGGUGACAUCUGGCGAAAGCUCUGCCGCUGCUGGUGGAAGAGUCUCCAUUACUGGAGGGGCUGGUGUAGUUGGCGG